CGCUGUCCGUGGUGCUGAAAUUCAGUCUGCCUGUUCACCACUUUGUUUGUCAGAUUACAGAGUACUUUUCUCGCACCGUCCCUGUCGGAAAGGGACACACGUGACUUUGGCUGUGCAAUGAAUGAAGCAGAAGCAGCAGCGGCUUAUUUAUAGCCACGCGUCCCUAAAGGCUUUAAAGGAGUUUUAACGUUUUCUUUUUUUUCUGGAUCUAAGAAUCAGUUUUCCAGCAGUUUCACUUUAAUUGUCUGCGUGCUGACAUUGGUCCUGCCUACGUAUCCUGCCUGUAGACGACACAGUGGUGCUGAAGGAGGCAUCGUUGUUGGCAGUGAGCGGAGAAAUGCAAGCCAGCGCAAGCCUAUCCCUAUAAAACGCCCACUGCUCGGCGUUGCUCUACAGCGGCCAGACAUGCCGUGCCUACUUUCGCUGCGACGCGCCGUGCCGCGGGGAUCGUUUUCACGCACGCUCCUGUUCGAGGAUGUACAGCUCGGAGGGAUUUGAUUUCUCCGCGAAAGAUGGAUGUGCGCUGCUCUCCAGUACUUGCUGAAAGUGAGAAGCGUUCGGCUCGCCGCCGCACCUGGGAAGGGCAGGGCACCGGGAUGGAUGGGAAGUAAGGUUUGAAAGCAGAUUAGGAGUGCCACUGAAUAUCUGUUGAUUUGUUUAUUUAAAUAUUCAUAAAUAACACCUUUAAGAAAAGGAGACGAGACUACAGCUCGUUGGAAGUACCGCGCUGAGGCUAAGGGACUAAGGGAGGCACUGAUUUACGCACUAAGACGCCAAGUCCGAGCCGGCUGAUGAGACAGAGAGCCGUCGCUGCACUCCAGCCGGUGGAGUUUGGACCGAUGGCACUUUGGAGGCGCUCUCUCCUUCUGGCUUUAAUAUCGAUUUAAACGGGUCCUCGUGUCCUCCGAGAUCAGGAUCACAGCACCGCCGCAACUUCUUGGACAAAGCAGGUGGAUGGAGCUCCAGAUCCAUCAGGGCAGUGCCUCCUGGCUCUGAGAACCAUCAACUUCUGCUGCUCCUGUGCUUCUCCACACACUUCCAUCUGCCAGCAAGUCCACAUGUAGCAGUCUGAUUCCACACCACUCCCCCACUCUCUCACCACCAGUGGAGCCUUCAUGAGCUUCUCCAGCCAGUCCACACUUUCCACACUGAGUUUCCCAGAGCACUGAGGGAUGGAGCGCUUCAUCUUCUCCCUGCUGGUGCUGGCGGUCUCUGCCUCAGGACAGCUCUGCCCGAAGCGCUGCAUGUGCCAAAAUCUGUCGCCAUCACUCGCCAUCCUCUGUGCCAAGACAGGUCUGCUCUUUGUGCCCACGGUGAUUGACCGGCGGACGGUGGAACUUCGUCUCACUGAGAACUUCAUCACAGCAGUAAGGAGGAGGGACUUUGCUAACAUGACGAGCCUCCUACACCUGACACUGUCACGCAACACCAUCAGCCAGAUCAUGCCUUACACCUUUGCUGACCUCAAACGGCUGCGGGCGCUGCACUUGGAUAGCAACCGUCUCAGUGUGGUCACGGACGAUCACUUUCGGGGUCUCACCAACCUAAGGCACCUUAUUCUAGCCAACAACCAGCUCCAUAACAUCUCCCCACAUGCUUUUGAUGACUUCUUGGGAACACUUGAAGAUCUGGAUCUAUCAUACAAUAACCUGGUGGACAUCCCAUGGGAGACCAUUGGAAGGCUUACCAAUGUGAAUACUCUCAACAUGGACCACAACCUCAUAGAGCACGUUCCCUUAGGAGUCUUUUCCAACCUGCACAAGCUAGCUCGACUGGAUAUGACCUCCAAUAAACUGAAAAAGAUUCCUCCUGAUCCUUUGUUUCUUAGGAUACCAGUCUAUGCCAAGUCCAAGGGCUCUCCACUGUCCUCGCUUGUUCUUAGCUUUGGAGGAAACCCACUCCACUGUAACUGUGAGCUUCUCUGGCUGAGGAGGCUUACAAGAGAGGAUGAUUUGGAGACCUGUGCCUCUCCUCCUGAUCUCACUGCUAAAUACUUCUGGACAAUUCCAGAGGAGGAGUUUAUCUGUGAUCCACCUGUGAUUACAAGGAGGUCUCCAAAGAUCUUGGCCAUGGAAGGCCAGCCUGCCAGCCUGAAAUGCAAAGCUAAUGGUGACCCAGACCCAGAUGUCCACUGGAUCUCUCCCGAGGGUCGUCUGAUAUCCAACAAUUCCCGCACUUUGACCUUCAGCAAUGGCAGCCUGGAGAUAAACAUCACCUCUUUGAAAGAUACAGGAGUAUUCACCUGUAUUGCAUCUAAUGCUGCUGGGGAGUCUACAGGCACUGUGGAACUGGUGGUGAGUCCACUUCCUCACCUAGCCAACAGCACUAACCGCGUCCGGGAGCCUGAUCCAGGGCCAUCUGAUAUCUUGACAUCUGCCAAGUCCACCUCAUCUUCUAGCAAUGACACAAGGACUCAGGAGAAGAAAACGGUCCUGGCGGAGCUUACUGCAAACUCAGCUCUCAUCAGGUGGCCUUCACAACAGCAUUUUCCUGGGAUCAGGAUGUAUCAGAUUCAGUACAACAGUUCAUCAGAUGACACCUUGGUCUACAGGAUGAUACCGUCCACAAGUCAGGACUUCCUGGUGAGGGACCUGGUGUCAGGGCGAGAGUACGACCUGUGCGUGCUGGCCGUCUACGACGACGGCAUGACCUCGCUGACCGCCACGCGGCAAGUGGGCUGCGUCACAUUCGUCACGGACACGGAGUACAGCCAGUGCCAGUCUCUCCGCAGCCACUUUCUGGGUGGAACCAUGAUCAUAAUCAUCGGCGGCAUUAUCGUUGCUGCUGUUCUGGUCUUCAUCAUCAUCCUCAUGAUACGCUAUAAAGUCUACAGCCAGCAAGGAGCCGAGGCUGGCAAAGGAAUGGCCAUGACUAAUGUCCGCUCGCAGACCAACGGAGGGCAGGCGACUGGGCAAGUUCCACGUUCAGCCUCCAAAGUCACAGAGGGCCAAGAGCAGGGCACAGGGUUAGCAGGGAGUGCAGGGGCACAGCCCCCUUCCCUCAAAGACUCCGCUGCUAUGGCUCUAGUGGUGGACUGUGAGAAAGGCGUGGUCAGCUUAGAGACAGGUGGAGAGGGCAUCAUGUCGCCCACACAGAAGCGCCUCUCCAGAACUUGCGUAGAGGUCAAAAGGGGACCUUUGCUAUCCACCAAUGAAGGAACAACGACUGUGGACAUGUCAGGAAACACGACAGGCCCGCAGGUCAGCGAUGAGAAAAAGGUUCAGCGAGACUGGAGCGACUUUAAAAUUUGAUGACUCCUUCUGCUGUCCCACAAGAGGCAGCCAUCAACCCUGAAAAAGCUCUAUAGGUCACCAGAAAUCAGGGAGAACUAAAUGAUGGAAUCAUUUGUCAAAAACAGUAAAAAAUAAAAA